AUGGAUGAUUCUCUCGAUGGCUCAAUCUCUUUUCUCGCGUCGCCGUCAGCUCGUCGAGCUCCUAUUCCGGAAUCGUCGGCUCCGUCGUCACCUGAAGCUCUGAUUGUAACAGAGAUCUCACCGGAUAGUAUUCAUUCACCAUAUCAUCUCACGAACAGUGAUAAUCCAUGUCUUUCGAUCGUCUCUGAAGUCCUCGAUGGUUCGAAUUACGAUAACUGGAGUAUUGCUUUGACUAUUGCAUUAGAGGCUAAAAACAAGCUAGCUUUUGUUGAUGGAACUCUUGAACGCCCUGCGGAAUCACAUCGUCACUAUCGAAUCUGGUCAAGAUGUAAUUCGAUGGUGAAAUCUUGGCUUCUCAACUCUGUUUCUAAACAGAUCUACAAGAGUAUUCUCCGUUUCAACGAUGCUGCAGAGAUUUGGAAAGAUUUGUUAGCUCGUUUCCACAUUACAAAUCUUCCAAGAUCUUAUCAACUAUCUCAACAGAUUUGGUCACUGCAACAUGGAUCAACGGAUCUUGCAACGUACUACACAACUCUGAAAACCUUAUGGGACGAAUUGGAUGGUGCGAAUUGUGUUGAUACUUACAGGAACUGUGAAUGUUGCAGAGCCAUUGAAAAGAAAGCUGAUCAUGCGAAAGUCAUAAAGUUUUUGGCUGGUUUGAGUGAAUCUUACUCUGUGAUUCGAAGCCAGAUAAUCAUGAAGAAGCAUGUCCCUGAGCUUUCUGAAAUCUACAACCUUUUGGAUCAAGAUUACAAUCAGAGAAACAUCAUUCCUGUACAAAAUGCGACUGUUUUUCAGACUUCGGCUCCUCUCAUCAAUGCUACGCAGGCUUCCUUGCCUCCUAAGCAGAGCAGGCCUAUAUGUGCUCAUUGUGGAUACAACGGACAUACAGUUGAUACCUGUUAUAAAAUCCAUGGCUAUCCCGCAAGAUUCAAGCACAAGACUAAACAGCAAGUUGAUAAGCAUUCUCAUGCGGCCAAGAAUCCUGUUGUUGCUCAAGUUGCUGUUACAGAACCCAGUCUCAAACUUGAUAAACAAUAUUACUAA